AUGGCGUCUGAUCUUACGGCGGAAGUUGUUUCAGCUCUGGCAGUGCUGCACUGGGGAAAAAGCACCGGAGAGAGCCGCAGACAAGCCCAUACGUUCCUCUGUAAUGUGUCAAAGUUUUUCUCCGCAGACACGAUUUUCGCGCUGGGACGGGACCUCAUAGCAGCUAAUCUAUGCUAUGAAAGUUUGACACGAUCUGCUGUUCCAGAUGCAGACUCGAACUUUGCUAGAGUAGUGGAAACGGCCGCUGUACAGUAUGGGUUUCAGCUGUUGGUCGACCUUAUCGAGCGUUCGCAGGCUGAGGCUCUAAGCGCGCGUACGGACACCCUGGAUAUGUGUCAGACGCUCUGCGCUUUUGCAGUUGAGUUAUGGAAUCACUGCCAUGGCACACUAGCAGCUGGAAAGAGAGCAUUUUCUUGUGGAGAGCGGAGAAAGGUCGCCCAGUUUCUCGCUCGAAUUGUGGUGCAGUAUUGGGAGAGCAGCUAUGGUUCUCGGGUACUGGAUCAUUUGCUCGGAAGUCCUCUGGAAAGCGCUGAAUCUAUGGAGAUUUUCUCUACGAUAAUUGAAGAAAUCUUAUCCGCAGUGGCUGAAGAGACGGGAAUACGUCAGUCAGCAGGCGCGGCAACUGUUCAGCUGACUGCUGAUGCGAUCGGUGAGCGUCUUGUGCAGGAAGGCAGCCGUAUCGUUCUUGUGGCGCUCCAUAUGUUACGCUGCGAAUUCACGGACCCCGGACCGGCAUUUAGGGCAUCGCUUCAGCUUCUGUUGAAGCUGUUGGAAGGUUUUCCAGUCGAGCUUCUGUUGGAGGCGGACGUACCGACAAGCCUGGUGCUGUUUCUCAGGCGGAGAUUUGAACAAAUGUUUGGAGACCGGCUUGUAGCUUGUGCAGAUUACGACUGGUUAGCCAUCGAAGCGCUCGGUUGCUGGAUCACCAGGGCACAGCCGAUGCUGCCGAAGCAGCGUGACGUGCUGGGCUCUCUCUUGGAAACACUUAUAAGCUUCGUCAUAUGUUUCGACGAAGCAUAUACAGGUGACGUCGGAUUGCUCAUAGAUGCUCCGAUCAGAUGGGAGGAAAGGCUAUCUUUGCUUCAAGCGGUCAUAGAACUCACUUUUCUCGCGUUCGAGUCGACGCUCACUCAUCUGCAAGAACGCCCUGCAAUAUGGUCAUCAUUCAUACUUCUGUUAGGGCGACUAGUGAGCCACCCGUGGGCCUCGAUUGCAGAACUUGCGCUGGCUUUUUGUUGCCGCGAUCAGGUGCUGAAGACGGUUCUCACCGCGCAGUGCGUCGUUGUGCUGCUCGAUGCGGCGUGGAUGCGGUGCUGCAUGGACACAAGCCUACCUGCCUAUUUGUUCACAGGAAAGGAUAUCGUGGAAAAUUCGGUCUUGGACGCAAAUGAUCCGCGCUGGCGCCUCAUGAGUUUUGUUCUGUCGCGCAACGCUGAGCAGCCAAAACUGAAUUCGUCUCUGAGGAGUCGAACGCGAGAUUUUCUUCGAAAAAUCUGUCAGAAUUGGCGAGAUGCGUGUCUGGACUGGGUCGUUACGCGUGCUGUAGACCGCAUGGAUUGCCACAGAAAUCGCAGAAGCACAGGCCCGGUCAUGGAGCAAUUCUGCUUUCGCGAAGAGCCGGCACAUUUGCAUAGUUUCUGGAGGGGACUGCUUUCUGUUCGAAACGGGCAGUACCCAAGCGAUGCCGAAUCAGCCUUGUUUAUCGAAAUGCUGUUAGAUGAGACACGAGAAGUAAUGUUUUUCACAAUGAGUGAGGUCCUCGCGCCAUUGCUUCCGAGCCUUGGACGAGGAUCUGGUGUUUCGAAACCUCCAGGGGUUUCUAAGACAUCCUCGCGAGGCGCUAGCUCUGAGGUUGGAGGCGAGGAAAACGCUCGACUGACUCAAGUUCUGCAGCUUGGUGAACGAGUUGAGUUUGUCCUGAGCAUGGUGGAUACGCUUGACCUGGACCAAGAUGCCAAUAAGAUUCAUAUGAUUUUGCAUGUUUUUUUCGGGUGUGCCCCGCUGCUCGCCAGAAUCGAAGGCGCACAGAUACGCACCAUACAAGCGGCACUGCGAGUGCUUGAGCGUAUCCAACAGCUACCAUGCACAGAGCAUGCUCGGUGGUCUGCAAUGGGCUUGCAUCGGAGGGAAAAGUGGUUUGACGCUCUGUGUAGAGGAAUCUUAGCGCUUCUCUUGCGGUCAGAAGGGAGCGAAACAGUUUCGGGCGCACAAGUACUGCUGCCGUCCAUCCAACAAGCGCUGCGUGAGGCACCGAUGCCCUUUCCAGCUCGAUGCUCGCUUUUGAAGUGCGUUCCAGUUAUCGUGUGUUCUCUCGACUCUCCGGAAAAGAGCAUACCUGUUUUGAACGCGCUUUUAGAGGAGACCUUGGGAAUCUGGAAAACAAUGGCUCUUCAGCACGAAGUCCUUCGAGAUCCGGAACGCUUCCUUAUAGCUUUCUUGGCACCCUCAGCUGAUGCAGACACCAAUCGCACCUGUCUUCUUCAACUUUUGACCUUGUUUGAACAAAUGCUAAGCGUAAGCAUGAAACAUAGCAUAUGGAAGCAAACCGUCAUGUUUGGAGAACUGCUCCCAACGACGCUUCCUCAAAUGGUAGCUGCUCUGAACCAUUUAUUCAGCCUACGCCCUGAUGGUCGUGGAGACAUUUCAGUGCUUGCCCCUUCUCGAAUCGAGAUCGCUCAGUGGUACCGGUUGGUCAUGGAAUGGAUGCUCAGAGCCGGAUUGCUUCCUGAGGCGAUCGCCGACUCCAGGCAGCACCGAAAGGAGUUGCUGAAAACGCGUCGUUCGUUCAUUCACAUCUCCGCACGAGGCCUGCUUCUCUUCCAGCGGAUGCUUGCGCUCGAUCCUGAUCCGGAUGCCCUGAAAUUUUAUCGAGAAAUCUGUCUAAGAGGGAUUCCUCAAGUUGACAUCGAGUAUCUAGCCCUCAUUGUGCGUCACGUGAUGAAGACUCUGCUCCAAUGCGAGGCACAAGCACACCAGGGCAGUGAUAUCUGGGAAACUGAUGUGACGGAGAUCUGGUUACCGCUGUUGCGGGCAACUGCUGAACGCAUUGGUCAACUUGCUUAUGAAGAGGUUUCCGAUGAGGAAUCCAGUACGAUGGAUGAGGUUCUCCAUGGCGCUCCCCACGCGAACGAAGCAUCUUCCGCAAACGAAGCUUUUGACCAAGCCGCUGUUGCGCUCGUCGAGUUAGCUGUCGCGAUGCUGAAGCUCGAAAGCUGCAGCCGACGCGUGCAGUUAUUCAAUUGGGCCCGAGAUUUUUUGCGCAAGUGUCUGGACUGGCAUUUUGAGAGUGCGUCUCGGAAAGCUUUCGCGUUCCUGCGAAAGCACUUGAGCUUCUGGAUACACCCGGCGGAGGGCUAUUUGGCAAUAGACACGGAGUCGCUACUGCAGUUGGAAAACUCGAUCGCUAGGGCCUUGACAGACGAGAGAUGGUACAGCCGCCCCGAAGACGUGCGAAAGGUGCACGCCGCAGUCAACGAUGAACUCUACAGGCGUGGCUUCAGUCCGGCAUGUUUCACUACGAGCGAGCUCCCUAGUAAGCAUCCGAACGCCUCGAUGUUUCCCGGCGAAAAUGGUGGCGAGCGUAUGCGAGCUCUUGGUAACGUGGCUGUGAGACGCAGCUUCAAUCACGGGGCGAGCACGCAGUUGAACGAAGCUGCGAUGGCGUUCCCCUCAUCGAAGAUGGCGUCCCAGAAGCACAGGCCGCUUUCGGUAAGGCUACUGCAGAGUUGGAAAAAGCGGACACAGUUGUAUACCAUGGAUCUUGAAGAUGAAUCGAUCAAUGGUGACGACGAUACUGCGCUGGAAGGUGUAGCUGUUCUUUUCGGGUAA